AUGGAUAACAAAUAUAUAGAAGAAUUUGAGCAUUUAGAUUAGGAUUAGAAAAGUUAAAUGUUAAGGAACAUGAAAUAAUUCAUUUCUUAAUUGUAGUCAUAGAUUUAAGAUCUUGAGAAGAGUGCGAUUGAUAUAAUAAUGGAGAAAGAUGAGAAAAUAUAAUAGUUAGAAGCCAUGAUUCAGGCCAAUCAUGGAUCUAAACAGCAUAAUAAAGAUGAUGAAAUUAUGCAACUCAAAAAUCACAUCAAUGAUUUAAAUUAAAGGAUUGACGCAAUCUAGAUGAAACAUUUUGAGCAAUUAUAAGAAUAGGAAAGAAAGUGGAACACUUACUUAUUAGAUCAAAUCCAACAAAGUAGUAAUGAUGGGCAAUAAGAGAAAAUAGAAAUCUUAGAAACCCUGCAUUAUUUAGAAGAAAAAGUAUAUUCGCUUGAUAGAGAAUUGGAAAUGAAAGAGAAUUAAUCGAUGUUCGAUAGGAACACUAUCAAUUAGUUAACAAAUAUUAAUUAAUAGUUAAUAGACGAAAGCCAAGAACUAAACUAACAGUUAAUCAAAAUGUAGAGGUAAAUGGAAUUAAUGAAAGAACAUUUUUAGAAGGAGAAAAAUACAAUAGAAAUUAAAAUUAAUAAAUAAAAUAUCCAAAUAAGUUAAAUAUCAAAAUAGGGAUCAGCGCUAAAACUUCAAAAUAAUAAAUUAGCAUAAAAUAACAAAGAUCUACUUAAUCAAAUUAAGGAAUUGAAAGAUUAGUUGGAAACACAAAAUGAAUGUAAAGACAAGGUCCUUUCUGAAAAUUACCAAUUAUAAUGGACAGCUCAUUCAACUGAUUAGAAUUAAAGAGAAGAUACCAAUAUAACAGCCUUUGAAUUAUUGGAAGAUAGUUAUGAGGAUAAAGAUGUGACUGCUAAUCUAAGGAAAGCAUUAGAUGAAAAGUCAGAAUUGUGCAUCUAAUAUGAAGAUUGUCUUCGAUCAUCAACUAAAUAGUUAAAGGAGCAAAAAGCAUAAUUACAACUUUUAUAAAAUCAACUCAAAAUUAUAAGGAAAUAGUAGUUUAAUCAGAGGAACCUUAAAGAAUAUGUUUAGAUGUUGGAGAGUGAUUAUUUGGUUUCAAAAUAAUUAUAAUGUGAGAAAGCUGACAAAUAUUAGGAAUAAGUUAUAUUAUUAAGUUAAGAAAACUAUGACCUCAAGCAAAAAAUAAAAUGUUUCUAAACUAGAUUACAUAAAAAACUUAACUGA